UGUCAUCUCGAACGGGAAGGUGACUCUCAGUGUUGUGUCGUCAUACCUUUUCAAGUACCUAUGUGAUUUUCGUGUUCUCCCGUCGCGAUAUAAAAUAAACUGCGAUUAUGUCAUAAAUGUAAUAAGCAAGUAAGUGCGUAAAUUGCCGUAUGAUCGUCGUAUUCUUGUGAUAAACGCGCGAUCCGAUAAUGAACCGUGUUUUCGCGAGUGAGUGUAGGUAUCAUGAAAGAGGGAAAAGGAUAUACACGAGAAAAGAGAAGACCCGGAGAGGUAUAUCGGAGCAAUUUUCAAGUGUGCAAUAGGCUAACAUCAUGUACACAACUUGAAGAAAUAAGAAGUUCGUAUUUUGCUCUCUUGUGCAACAUGAUACAUCGUCCUAUUAAUGAGGACACACGAGAGAGCCAUCUUAGAAGCGAGCGAACUCACCAUAAUAUCGAGCUUUAUCGAAGGGUUAGUACAGUCCGUAAGAGAGUAUCACCCCUAUUUUUCAACCAACUACGACUGACAUGUCGAUCCCCAUCGACGCAUUCGUCGUCAUAUACACGAAGAUGAAGCUAAGGGGGCUGAUUAACGUAACUCUGAGAGGAGGAGGAGGUCUAGGAGAGGCAUCAGGCGUCAGCCAAUUUUGGAAUGGAUCGAGAUAUAACUUCAAAGAAUCAACUUGGCUGUUGGGGUUGGGCAUCGAUCGGACCAGCUGGUACGCGACGAACGCUCGACGAGCGUGUUUAUGCGAAGAGUUCAUCGGUCGAAUCACGGUGACGGUGCAUAAUGAAUGUCGGGAGAGGAACUUGACGACGCGAGCAAGCAAGCGCGGGUCUCGGAGAUGAUAAUAAAUCGUCAAGAGAGAACGAUGACACGAAUGUUUGAGAAAAGCUUCGGGUCGGAGCAUGAGUCGGGUUCUUCAAUAAUGGGCCGCUGCUACUGCGUCGUGAUAAAGGUCUCCGAGUAAUAGAUCUUAAUUGGAUCCUUUGAGAAACAUAUUUCAUAGUCAAUUACUUUAAUAGUCGGUAUGCCCGAGCAACUACUAAUCUUGCAAAAUCCUUGAAAGAAUCGUUUUGCAACAUUCGUACGCAAUUUAUUUUACUUGAAUUUGUACAGGAUUUAAUAGUCUUUAGAGCCAUUUGUUAUGUAAACGAAGACGUCUCUACGAAUAAAUGAGCUCACAAUAAAUCUACAGAAUUGCCUCUUCCUCACAAAUAAUUAUUUAUUUAUUCUGAAAAUUUUGUAAUAUAU